AUGCACAGGACCUCCACAACAAAAGAAAUGUUUAUCGUGCGAGCUUUAGAAAAAAUUCUGAGUGACAAGGAUAUUAAACGAUCUCACCACUCUCAGUUAAAACGCGCCUGUGAGGUAGCCUUAGAUGAAAUACGAAUUGAACUGAAAGCUGGGGGUCAUGAAGAUCCCAAUUCAUCAUCAGCAUUGCCCCUACCGAAAAACGAUGAAGCUAAUAUUAUUACAGCCGAGAAGUAUUUUCUUCCUUUUGAAUUGGCUUGUCAAAGUAAGGCCUCCCGAAUUGUUGUGACUGCCCUUGAUUGUUUACAAAAGUUGAUUGCAUAUGGACACUUGACAGGAAGCAUCCCAGAUUCAACAACCCCUGGAAAAUAUUUAAUUGACAGAAUUGUUGAAACAAUUUGUGGUUGUUUUGGUGGGCCACAAACAGAUGAAGGAGUUCAAUUGCAAAUUAUCAAAGCAUUGCUUACUGUAGUUACUAGUCAGCAUGUUGAAGUUCAUGAAGGGACUGUACUAUUGGCAGUAAGAACAUGUUACAAUAUAUACCUUGCUAGCAGAAAUUUGAUAAAUCAGACAACGGCCAGAGCUACUCUCACUCAAAUGUUGAAUGUAAUUUUUUCUCGGAUGGAAAGUCAAGCUGCUGAUGAAGCUGUCAGAGUGAAAGUAACUUCAGAAAAUGUUGAAAACAAUGGAUAUGAAGUCAAACAAUCUGAUAAUGAUAAUGGUGUGACCCUCGUACCUGGUCCAAAGAAAUCUGGAGAGCCAAUGCAGAAUGAUAUUGAAGCAAGCUCUGGUGAACUGACGCAUCAAGACAUGGUACGUGGAAUGUUGGAUAAAAUUGUUGAUGAAGUUGUGCAGGGUUGUGAGGGGAAAAAUAAUGGAGGAGGUGAUGUGACUGAAGUGCCUAUACCAGCUGACACACAACUUGAUGGUGGUAAUGUGCCCGAGAAAGCUGGUUCUCCUGUCAUCACUAGAGUUCCAUCACAAGAGAGUAUGGAUGUUGGUAACGAAGCUGACACAGCAGUAACUGCUAAGUUUACUCAUGUACUUCAAAAAGAUGCAUUUUUAGUUUUUCGAGCUUUGUGCAAGUUGUCAAUGAAGCCUCUACCAGAAGGACAGCCUGAUCCUAAGUCUCAUGAGCUUCGAUCCAAGAUAUUGUCUCUUCAUCUAUUGUUGUCUAUAUUACAAAAUGCUGGCCCAGUUUUUCGUGCAAAUGACAUGUUUGUCACUGCUAUCAAGCAGUAUUUGUGUGUAGCACUUUCAAAAAAUGGUGUUUCAUCCGUCCCUGAAGUUUUUGAACUCUCCCUGGCAAUAUUUUUAGCUCUGUUGUCAAAAUUUAAAAUGCAUUUGAAAAUGCAAAUAGAAGUGUUCUUUAAGGAUAUAUUUCUUAAUAUUUUGGAAACAUCAAGUUCUUCAUUUGAUCAUAAGUGGAUGGUGAUACAAGCAUUAACAAGAAUAUGUGCAGAUGCCCAGAGUGUUGUAGAUAUUUAUGUGAAUUAUGAUUGUGAUUUAUCUGCAGCUAAUCUUUUUGAAAGAUUAGUAAAUGAUCUUUCAAAAAUUGCCCAGGGGCGGCAAGCUCUAGAACUUGGUGCUACUCCAAAUCAGGAGAAAUCAAUGAGAAUUCGUGGAUUAGAGUGCCUUGUAUCAAUCUUGAAGUGCAUGGUGGAAUGGAGUAAAGACCUGUAUGUGAAUCCUAACUCUCAAACAACACUUGGCUCUGAACAUCAAAAUAAAGAAACUGAUAGUGAACCAGGUUCUGCAAAAGAAAGUGCCAUUAAAUCAUAUGGUAGCAGCAAUAGUCUUAAUUCAGGAAGCUCUGGACAAGGUAAUCGUGAAUUACCUGACACUCCUGAACAAUUUGAAGUUUUAAAACACCAGAAAGAAAUUUGGGAAACGGGUAUUACUUUAUUUAGUCGUAAACCAAGGAAAGGAGUUCAGUUUUUGCAAGAACAGCAGUUGUUGGGAUUGUCACCAGCUGAAGUUGCAGAAUGGUUACACAACGAUGAUCGAUUAGAUAAAACUGGCAUUGGAGAUUUUCUUGGAGAAAAUGAUGAUUUUGCCAAGGAAAUUAUGUAUGCUUAUGUUGAUCAAAUGGACUUCAGCAGCAGAGAUAUUGUUUCUGCUCUACGUUACUUUCUAGAAGGUUUCCGGCUCCCUGGAGAAGCACAAAAGAUUGACAGAUUAAUGGAGAAAUUUGCCAGUCGUUAUUGUGGAUGUAAUCCUAACAAUGGUCUCUUUGCAAGUGCUGAUACAGCAUAUGUUCUUGCUUACUCAGUUAUUAUGUUGACAACAGAUCUUCAUUCACCACAAGUGAAAAGCAAAAUGACCAAAGAACAAUACAUCAAGUUAAAUCGUGGAAUUAGUGAUAGUCAAGACCUACCUGAGGAAUACCUUUCCAAUAUAUAUGAUGAAAUUGCAGGUCAUGAAAUCAAAAUGAAAAGCACCAUCAACAAACCUGGUAAACAAGUUAUUUCAAGUGAGAAACGACGCAGAUUCUUGUGGAAUAUGGAAAUGGAAGCCAUAUCUACUACUGCAAAGAAUUUAAUGGAGUCUGUUAGUCAUGUUCAGGCACCUUUCACAUCAGCUAAACAUUUAGAACAUGUGCGGCCAAUGUUUAAGAUGGCAUGGACUCCAUUCCUAGCAGCAUUUAGUGUUGGAUUGCAAGACUGUGAUGACCCAGAAAUUGCUUCUUUGUGUUUGGAUGGAAUUCGUUGUGCUAUCAGAAUAGCAUGUAUUUUUCAUAUGAGUCUUGAAAGAGAUGCUUAUGUCCAAGCCUUAGCAAGAUUUACCCUUUUGACUGCAAAUUCACCUAUUACUGAAAUGAAAGCUAAAAACAUAGAUACAAUUAAAACCCUAAUAACUGUAGCUCAUACUGAUGGGAACUACUUAGGUGGUUCAUGGCUAGAUAUUGUUAAAUGUAUCUCUCAGCUUGAAUUAGCUCAGCUUGUUGGGACUGGCGUGAGGCCCCAAUUUAUUUCUGGGCCAAAGACCCACAGCAGUGAUCAUCAAUAUUUACACCAUAGCGAUCCACUUAAAUUAAACCUUAGUUCCUUAGAUCCAAGUGUGAAAGAAUCUAUUGGUAAAGCUAGUUCACAGAGUGUUGUGGUUGCUGUUGAUAGGAUUUUUACUGGUUCCACUCGUUUAGAUGGUGAUGCUAUUGUUGAUUUUGUUAAUGCAUUAUGCCAGGUAUCCGUGGAUGAAUUGGCUCACCCUGCUCAUCCUCGCAUGUUCAGUUUGCAGAAGAUUGUUGAAAUCUCGUAUUAUAACAUGGGGCGCAUUCGACUCCAGUGGUCUCGUAUUUGGCAGGUAUUGGGUGAACACUUCAAUAAAGUAGGUUGUAAUCCGAGUGAGGAUAUAGCUUUCUUUGCUGUUGAUUCUUUAAGACAGUUGUCUAUGAAAUUUAUUGAAAAGGGAGAAUUUGCUAACUUCAGAUUUCAGAAAGAUUUCUUGCGACCCUUUGAGCAUAUCAUGAAAAAGAAUAGAUCUCCAACUAUUCGUGAUAUGGUUGUUCGUUGCAUUGCUCAAAUGGUAAAUUCCCAAGCACCAAAUAUACGUUCUGGUUGGAAGAACAUAUUCAGUGUUUUUCAUCUUGCAGCUUCAGAUCACGAUGAAGCAAUAGUGGAACUUGCAUUUCAAACUACUGGGAAAAUUAUAGUGGAACUAUAUGCCAAACAUUUUCCAAUAAUGAUUGAUUCCUUCCAAGAUUCAGUGAAAUGUUUGUCUGAAUUUGCUUGCAAUGCCAGUUUUCCUGAUACUAGUAUGGAAGCUAUUCGACUUAUACUUCAGUGUGCUCAAUAUGUGGAUGAGAAACCUCGGUUAUUUUGUGAUUUCAAUAUGGAAGAUAUCAAUGUGCCUGAAGAAGAUAGAGUAUGGGUCCGUGGUUGGUUUCCAUUAUUAUUUGAAUUGUCUUGUAUUGUGAGUCGAUGUAAAUUGGAUGUUCGUACCAGAGGGCUUACUGUCUUGUUUGAAAUAGUGAAGACAUAUGGAGAAACUUUUAAAGCACACUGGUGGAAAGAUUUGUUCCAAGUCCUUUUUAGGAUAUUUGACAACAUGAAACUUCCUGAACAACAUUCGGAAAAGGCUGAAUGGAUGACUACUACUUGUAAUCAUGCGUUAUAUGCAAUAAUUGAUGUGUUCACUCAGUAUUUUGACAUUUUGGGGCCACUGCUUCUGGAAGAUUUAUAUACUCAGUUGCACUGGUGUGUUCAACAAGAUAACGAGCAACUUGCCCGAUCAGGUACUAAUUGUUUGGAAAAUCUUGUGAACUCCAAUGGUCUCAAAUUUACAGAAGCAACUUGGGAUAAAACUUGCCAGUGCAUGUUGGAUAUAUUUAAUUGCACCAUACCAAAUGCUCUUCUCAGUUGGAAACCGGAGGAUAAUACCAGUAAAGAAAUGGAUGUUGAAAUAUCAUCUGGAUCUGACAGCAAAUUGUUUGCAGGGCUGCUCAUUAAAUGUGUAGUUCAAGUAGAAUUGAUACAAACAAUUGACAAUAUUGUCUUUUUCCCAGCAACAUCUCGUAAAGAAGAUCAAGAAAAUCUUGCUCUUGCCCAAGCUGAUUUACUUCAUGUUGAGACUGGACUGCUAGAGACUCAACGGGAAGAGCAAGGAAUGUAUCGUAAUCUUAGCUCAAAACAUCUUCUCCUUCUUACAGACUGCUUACUUCAAUCUCAUCGUUUUGCAAAAGCAUUUAAUUCAGAUCAUGAACAAAGAAACUUGCUGUGGAAAGCAGGCUUCAAGGGCAAUGUAAAACCAAAUCUUCUUAAGCAGGAAACACAAAGUUUAGCAUGCGUUCUUCGCAUUUUAUUUAAAAUGUAUAGUGAUGAGUCUCAUCAAGGUGCUUGGAACACAAUUCAACAGAGACUUAUUGCAGUUUGUCGAGAAGCUCUGGAGUACUUUCUUUGCUUGCAGUCUGAGGCUCAUCGUGAGGCAUGGACCUGUUUACUACUUCUGGUUCUCACAAGGAUUUUGAAAAUGGACGAUGAACGAUUUGCUGUACAUACUUCUAAUUACUAUCCACUUCUUUGUGAAAUCAUGUGUUUUGAUCUAAAACCUGAGCUUCGGUCUGUUUUGCGGCGAUUCUUUUUGCGAAUUGGCCCAGUUUUCAACAUAAUUUCUGCGCGGCCAAGUGGUCUGUGA